AUGUUUCGUCCCAUCCGAAACAUUAGCACGACAGGGACGGCCUCGUCUGCGACCCAGUUCUCCAACCUCAGCCUCGACAACCUCACUGGUCCACGCCGCGCCAUGGUCUCUGAUCAUCUGGUCUCAUGGGGUUUCGACGGCAUCAGGAUCGCCGGGUGGCGGUCCCGAAUCUUGACAGCACUACUACGCAACGAAAAGAGAAAGAUUACUUCAUUCUCUUCUUACUCUCAUUAUUACACCAUGGUUCGCUUCUCCCUUGCCGCAGCAUUCUUCGCUGCUUCUUCCCUUGCAAUUCCCAGUCCCUUGACACCAGACCCAUCUGGUGAUAAGAACAUCGGCAAUGGCAACGGCGUCCAGUUCAUCGGCGGCGCUUGCCUCAACAGUAAAGACUGCGCCUCAACCUGCUGCGCGACUCUAAACGGCGCCGGCAUCUGCUCUGGACUUGGAGCCCAGUUCCAGGCAGGCAAAACAGGAUGCGGCUUCGGUGAUGGUGGUGCUGCUGCAGCACCCGCCGCGUCCCAGGGAGCAGGCCAGGCCGCUCCGUCCAUGGAAGCCGCCGCUGGAAGCGGAGGCGGCGCAGGAUCAGGGACAUCUUCGAACGUCGGCGCCGGUAACGGCCAACAGUUCAUCACUGGGCAAUGUCUAUCUGAUGCGGAUUGCGCCUCGGGGUGCUGUAACGGUCCCAAGGGUGCUUGUGCCGCCAGAGCCGUCGCAACGGAGAAUGGCAAGGCAGGCUGCGGCUUUACGGGCACGGGAGCGGGUGCCGCCACUGGCUCUACUGGAGGCGGCACGGCGGCUGAGGCUGCCGCUCCGCCCCAAGCUGCUCCGUCCGUAGGUACAGGUGCAGGUUCUGGCGCUGCUGCUGGCACCUCUGGUGCUCCUGGCUCACAGAAUGUUGGCAAAGGGAAUGGUCAGCAGUUCAUCACGGGUCAGUGUCUCUCGAACGCGGACUGUGCUUCCGGCUGCUGUGCCGGGCCUAAGGGAGUUUGUUCGGCCACGGCGGUUGCUAAUGAGAGUGGAAAAACUGGAUGUGGAUUUACGGCGGCAUGA